AUGGCUUUCACGCAGCAAUCAGUACCGCUUGAACCCUGGGGAUACUAUCACCCGCAGCCUGCUAUCAAUGGAUACGUUGUGAUGAGCCAUCCUAGCCCUGUGCAGCGCCAGUUGUGUCCAGCCAUGUCAGGUCCCGUGGACAGAUCCACCAUGGGUCUUCCAUACCCGAGUGCACCGCCAUUACACACAUUGCCAACGCCGGCGACAAGGCACGAAUGGCCGACGCACAGCAAUAUGGCCUACACACAUCGCAAGAUGCCUUUCCGAGACUCAGCACAUUGGGAGCGGCCCGUCGUGCCCUUGGUCACACCAGAGCACAAGGAACGUCAUUCUGCCAAUCUUUGCGAUGGCGUAUCCGGUAGAGACGGCCGACAACGUAGUCCCUCAAUUAGUGCUAAACUAGAGAAAGGGAACUUCAAGACGCCUGAUCCGCCCAACACAAAGGACAUCAAGUUCAACAAGCCAACGGGCGCUGUAGUCGUGGAUUUCAGAACCUCUGUUGACACCCUCAUGAAGGCCAUACAGAAGAGACCUAUCUCUUACGCAAGUAACAAAGGUGCUCUAGAGAACGAUCAGGUCAAGGCAGAGCCUGAAUCGCCCAAUACUCACAUGCGCCGUCAUACUGGUGAGAAGCCAUUCCAAUGCAAGCAGUGCCCAAAAUCGUUUGCGCAGCUCGGCAACCUCCACUCACACAUGGCAACACAUACUGGCGGGAAGCCGUUCGUCUGCAAGUUGGAUCAGUGCAACAAGGGGUUCGCCCAGAGAGGAAACCUCAAGAUCCAUCAGAACAAAUACCACGAGAAGGCUGUUAUGGAGCUGGCCGACUUGAUGAUCUCCACUCCCGACGUUGAAGGUCUGAACGAUGACCAACGCGAGAUGUGCCGUUACUUCGCGGGCAUAUUCAAGAACAGUAACAAGGGGAUCAAGGGUCGCGGUAAGGGCCGGAGAGUGUCGACGAGUGCUGGGAUGGCAAAGACAACAUCGACCCAUCGACCAAUCGAGAACUUUUCCACCUAUGUCAGCCUGGCAGCAUACAGCUCGAAGAGGAUCUCCUCAACACAGCAGUAG